UGACCUUGGACUAGUGAAUGGACUUCUCUGAGCCCGUUUUCUCACCUUAGAAGAGAGAUAACAGUACAUCAUGCGGUCAUCAUGAAGGUUAGACAAGAUCAACCACAUGAGUCGGCUGGCAUCAGGUUCAUGGAUCUAAGGAGUCCCCAGAGCUUCCUGCCCCACCCGCUUCCUCCUUCCUCUGCCCAGCCCUUACCCACCCACUCACCUGUGUAACACAAAUACUAAUUACAACUGACUCCAUGAGCUGCUUCCUGGUUGAGCACAAUUACUGGGCAGCUCAGUCAUCACCAUUAUACCAUAUCAUUCAAUGAGACGGGUUAACUUUGUCUUAAGUUGUACAUGAUUAGAUCAGCAAAUUGUCAGGGAGCACUUGGUCUCUUCAGAUUGGGACUUCCCCAGCCUUGUCAUCCUGCACAGCCCAGGACAUCACACAGGAGCACAGGAGCAUGAGGAGGUGCAGGGGCAUCUGUGGGUAGCCCUGGAGUCAGGGCCAGCUGCUUUCUGGUCUGCUUUGCAGUUUGUGCUUGGAGAAGAUCAGAGUGGACAACUCAGCCCCUUAAACCCAGCUGGGAGGUGACACCUGAAGUCGUAAGGAUGGAGCAGGCCCUCCUCUUGAACACCAGACCCAGAUUCAACCCAGACUUCUCCUCCACGGCUGCACAGUGCCAGGAAGGGAACUGAGAAGACCAAAGCGGAGGUUCUUUACCUUCCCCAACGUGCUCGGGCCCAGGCGUGGCACCCACAACCACAAAUGAGACAAUUAGGGAGGAUAAAUGCUGGCUGCCCUGUCAGCCCAGAGCCUCAGUCUGCCCAGGGCACCCAGGCUCUGUGAGGUUCCCACCUGAAGAAGCAGUUCAUCUUCCACAAGGAGCACAGGACCAAGAGUCCAGGACCCAGAUGUCGACCUACAAGCGGGCCACGCUGGACGAGGAGGACCUGGUGGACUCGCUCUCCGAGGGCGACACGUACCCCAACGGCCUGCAGGUGAACUUCCACAGCCCCCGGAGUGGCCAGAGGUGCUGGGCUGCACGGACCCAGGUGGAGAAGCGGCUGGUGGUGCUGGUGGCACUUCUGGUGGCAGGACUGGUGGCCUGCUUGGCAGCGCUAGGCAUCCAGUACCAGACAAGAUCCCCCUCUGUGUGCCUGAGCGAAGCUUGUGUCUCAGUGACCAGCUCCAUCUUGAGCUCCAUGGACCCCACAGUGGACCCCUGCCAUGACUUCUUCAGCUACGCCUGUGGGGGCUGGAUCAAGGCCAACCCAGUCCCUGAUGGCCACUCACGCUGGGGGACCUUCAGCAACCUCUGGGAACACAACCAGGCAAUCAUCAAGCACCUCCUCGAAAACUCCACGGCCAGCGUGAGCGAGGCAGAGAGAAAGGCGCAAGUAUACUACCGUGCGUGCAUGAACGAGACCAGGAUUGAGGAGCUCAGGGCCAAACCUCUAAUGGAGUUGAUUGAGAGGCUCGGGGGCUGGAACAUCACAGGUCCCUGGGCCAAGGACAACUUCCAGGAUACCCUGCAGGUGGUCACCGCCCACUACCGCACCUCACCCUUCUUCUCUGUCUAUGUCAGUGCCGAUUCCAAGAACUCCAACAGCAACGUGAUCCAGGUGGACCAGUCUGGCCUGGGCUUGCCCUCGAGAGACUAUUACCUGAACAAAACUGAAAAUGAGAAGGUGCUGACUGGAUAUCUGAACUACAUGGUCCAGCUGGGGAAGCUGCUGGGCGGCGGGGACGAGGAGGCCAUCCGGCCCCAGAUGCAGCAGAUCUUGGACUUUGAGAUGGCACUGGCCAACAUCACCAUCCCACAGGAGAAGCGCCGCGACGAGGAGCUCAUCUACCACAAAGUGACAGCGGCCGAGCUGCAGACCUUGGCACCCGCCAUCAACUGGUUACCUUUUCUCAACACCAUCUUCUACCCCGUGGAGAUCAAUGAAUCUGAGCCUAUCGUGGUCUAUGACAAGGAAUACCUUGAGCAGGUCUCCGCUCUCAUCAACAACACCGACAAAUGCCUGCUCAACAACUACAUGAUCUGGAACCUGGUGCGGAAAACAAGCUCCUUCCUCGACCAGCGCUUUCAGGACGCCGAUGAGAAGUUCAUGGAAGUCAUGUACGGGACCAAGAAGACCUGUCUUCCUCGCUGGAAGUUUUGCGUGAGUGACACAGAAAACAACCUGGGCUUUGCGUUGGGCCCCAUGUUCGUCAAAGCAACCUUCGCCGAGGACAGCAAGAGCAUAGCCACCGAAAUAAUCCUGGAGAUCAAGAAGGCAUUUGAGGAAAGCCUGAGCACCCUGAAAUGGAUGGAUGAGGAAACCCGAAAAUCAGCCAAGGAAAAGGCCGAUGCCAUCUACAACAUGAUAGGAUACCCCAACUUCAUCAUGGAUCCCAAGGAGCUGGACAAAGUGUUUAAUGACUACACCGCAGUUCCAGACCUCUACUUUGAAAAUGCCAUGCGGUUUUUCAACUUCUCAUGGAGGGUCACUGCCGACCAGCUCAGGAAAGCCCCCAACAGAGAUCAGUGGAGCAUGACCCCACCCAUGGUGAACGCCUACUACUCGCCCACCAAGAAUGAGAUUGUGUUUCCGGCCGGGAUCCUGCAGGCACCAUUCUACACGCGCUCCUCACCCAAAGCCUUAAACUUUGGUGGCAUUGGUGUCGUCGUGGGCCAUGAGCUGACUCAUGCUUUCGAUGAUCAAGGACGGGAGUAUGACAAGGACGGGAACCUCCGGCCAUGGUGGAAGAACUCGUCUGUGGAGGCCUUCAAGCGUCAGACCGAGUGCAUGGUAGAGCAGUACAGCAACUACAGCGUGAACGGGGAGCCGGUGAACGGGCGGCACACCCUGGGGGAGAACAUCGCCGACAACGGGGGCCUCAAGGCGGCCUAUCGGGCUUACCAGAACUGGGUGAAGAAGAACGGGGCUGAGCAGACGCUGCCCACCCUGGGCCUCACCAAUAACCAGCUCUUCUUCCUGGGCUUUGCACAGGUCUGGUGCUCUGUCCGCACACCUGAGAGCUCCCACGAAGGCCUCAUCACCGAUCCCCACAGCCCCUCUCGCUUCCGGGUCAUCGGCUCCCUCUCCAAUUCCAAGGAGUUCUCAGAACACUUCCGCUGCCUGCCUGGCUCACCCAUGAACCCGCCUCACAAGUGCGAAGUCUGGUAAGGACGAAGCGGAGAGAGCCAAGACGGAGGAGGGGAAGGGGCUGAGGACGAGACCCCCAUCCAGCCUCCAGGGCAUUGCUCAGCCCGCUUGGCCACCCGGGGCCCUGCUUCCUCACACUGGAGGGUUUUCAGCCAGAACCGAGCCCAUGGUGUUGGCUCUCCACGUGACCCGCAAUCUGAUCCCCUGUGAAGAGCCGGACAUCCCAGGCACACGUGUGCGCCACCUUCAGCAGGCAUUCGGGUGCCGGGCUGGUGGCUCAUCAGGCCCGGGCCCCACGCUGACAAGCGCCAGAUACGCCACAAAUACCACUGUGUCAAAUGCUUUCAAGAUAUAUUUUUGGGGAAACUUAUUUUUUAAACAUUGUGGAAUACACUGGAAAUCUUCAGGGAAAAAUGCAUUUAAACACUUUUUUUUUUUAAGGAAAGAAUUGGUAUAUUUAUUAUGUUCUGUUUUUCUAAAUAACCUGUGGACAAGGGAAGCCCCACUGAUUUAUUCCCUCUCUUCCCCACUCCCUGUGAGGCUGGGCUGAGGCAGGGAUCCCUCUUCCCCACUCCCUGUGAGGCUGGGCUGAGGCAGGGAUCCCUGGGCCACAGAGCAAGUCUCCAAAUCAGACAGCUGCCUCAGCUCUUGGGAUGUGUGAUUUCAGCUCCUGUCACCUUGUGCAAGGCGUGGAGACAAGUAGAGGUGUGGAGGCCAGGCAGAGAGAGGAGCCGGCUCUGGGGGGGCCCAGCUCAUGGGCACUGCCCCUUUAGCUAGCCUGCCUCCAUCCCCUGAGUUCAACAGUGGGAGCCCUAGCUGGGAAGUUCUGAUCCCCAAAGCCACAGCAGGGGACUGAUGGCUAUGGCAGAAUGAGGUCGGGUCAGGACCCUCAAACACCAUCUGGGGACACCAAGCACCCUGAAUCCAGACUGCAGGAGCCCUGUGGGGUGAGACUCUGUCAGAGAUACACUGCUGGCCACAAGUGUCCCCUCUCAGUCCCACCUUUUCGGGCUGUCCCAUGUCUAUCUCAGGGGCCCGUUACCUCUCUGCAGCAGUCCCCCAUCCCAGCCACACCAGGGUCUGUCUGGCCAACCCUCUUCCCCAGGGAAAGGAGAAAAGAGAAAACAGGCCGGGCCCAGUGGCUCACUCCUGUAAUCCCAGCACUUCAGGAGGUUGAGGUGGGUGGAUCACCUGAGGUCAGGAGUUCAAGACCAGCCUGGCCAACGUGGGGAAACCCCAUCUCUACUAAAAAAAAUACAAAAAUUAGCCGGGUAUGGUGGUGGGCACCUGUGAUCCCAGUUACUCAGGAGGCUGAGGCAAGAGAAUCUCUUGAACUCAGGAGGCAGAGGUUGCAGUGAGCUGAGAUUGUGCCACUGCACUUCAGCCUGGGUGACAGAGGGAGACUCCGUCCCAAAAAUAAGAAAAGAGAAAGAGCUGUCACCUCCCGCAGGACCCAAAUCCUCUCUCUGAGCACCGUCGUCCACCACAUGGCUGGGCCUGGCUCCCAGGACCAGUCUAGUCCUCUAGUGCCUUAUCUGAGGCUGCAGCUGCCAGUCUCCACCCCAAGGAGACAGCCCCUGCCCCUAGAUGCCCCUUGGCCUCCGCAGUGCAGCCCCCAGGUGUCCUGACUGAAGCACAGGCCAUAGCCCCAUUUCCCCGGUGCCUGCAGGGCUAACCUCCAUGGGAGCCCAGGAGCUCUGGCCGGCAGGUCCACGGCGCGGGGCAUCGGAAGACUGCAAAACUGCUGGACUUACCCUGGGCUGCAUUGUCCAUUGUCGGCCCCUGGGUUGAAUCAAGAUAGUACUCGCAGCUAGAUGGAUGCUUUUAGCCAGGGGACAUUGUGAGGGGAAGAUUCCUCAACCCAGUCUGGCCUGUGGUGUCUGUCUCCUCCCUGAGACCACAGUUUCUCCAAUAGCAGAUUCACGGGCUCCACCAAGUGGAAGCACGUGCCCUCCACAGCCACCGCCUUCCCACCUCAGCAGCCCAGGCCUCCUGGCCCAGCCCUGCCCAGACAGUGCUCUCCCCUCACCUGGGAAGCUGGAAUCCUCCUGCCCGAGAGGAAGCAGACAGCACAGGGACACCCCUGCCACCUUGGGAUCCGCCUCCAAGCUGGUGCAGGGUGUCGAGAGUGGAUUCCAGAUGGAGGCCCUGGUCCCAGCACGCAGCAGUCCUGGUAGCUCUGCAGAGGAGACAGGAACCCGCAAAGUAGCUGGAGCAGGAGCCAGCCACAGUCCCCUUGCCACAUAGAGGCGGGCUUCUCCCAGCCAUGGUGUCCCCUCUGCCUCCCCUCCCCCGACCCUCCUGCCUUCCAUGUGGAGGGAGGUGGUCCUGCAGUGUCAGCACCAGCACCAUGGGCUUGGACCCCCUCCCUGGACAGAGGCAGGUGUCCUAGGACUGGGGGUGCAGCCCGAGGGAAUGGAGACCACACUCAUGGCUCAGGUCUGCCAGGGCCGGCAGGGGGUUGGGGAAGAAGAGGGCUCAAGCUCAGCAGGGGUGGAAGCCCCUGCCACUGCCGCCACCUGCUCCAGAGCUUUAAGGAAAAUGAAGUGAGACCCCUCCCCUUAGGCCUGGGGAGCCAUAGGGCUGGCUUCUCUGUGGGUGCGUGGACAUGGGGUUGGGAGCUGGGAAUCUAUUUUUUGUAUUAUGUUUUGUGCUACUGUAGUUUUGGUGUGGCACUAUUGUAAUGGAAAUAAAGUACUUGUACGGAG